AUGCGAACAUUUGUAGAAGUGGCCAGAACUAUGUUAUAUAGAAAAAAAUUAUAUAUUAAGACACUUCGGGCAGAAGCAGUGAAUACAGUCGUGUAUACAAUAAAUCGUACAGGUAACACAGGUCAAGAAGGAAAAACACCUUAUGAAUUAUGGUUCAAUAAAACACCACAUAUAAAUCAUCUGAAAAUUUUUGGUAGUGAAGUAUAUGCACAUGUACCAAAAGAAAAACGAAGAAAAUGGGAUCAAAAUGGUAGAAAAGAGUCAACAAGUCCAUCUACAGCUACACAAGUAAAAAUUAUAAAUAAAGAAGAAGAGGAAGAAAUAAAUUCGGAAGGUGAAGCUGGAGAUGAGGAAGACAACAACGACGACGAAGAAAAGUUGGAUGAUGAUGAACAGAURYCAAUAGGAGCUGAAGAGCAAACAAGAAUGACACUCAGAGACAGAGGAAAACUCAAUAAACCUAUAAGGUAUAGAGAUGCAUUAUUUUCAGCAUGUAAUGAUCCAGUUACAUACGAAGACGCUAUGACAGGUGACAAUUAA